AUGGUUUUCCUCGAAACAUUCACAAGCCCUCAAAGCUUUGGUACCAUCGCCUGGAUCCUGAUCUCUUUAGCAGCCACUAUCUUCGUCCGUUUUUGGUCCGACAAUUAUUUACGCGUCCACAAGCUCAAACGACAGCGCAUUGACGUGCCUAUUCUCAAUCUCAAGGGAAAUGACUAUGAUGCCGCGCUCAAGGCAUACGUUGCAGACGCCAAAGGCUUGCUCCAACGUGGAUACAAGGAGUUCAAACACGGCAUAUAUCAGAUCUGGAGCCUCCACGGGUUUACCACUGUCGUCUCGCCAGAUUUCCUGGAGGAAUUAAGCUCUCUUCCGCCUGGAACUAUAGAUUUCUAUGAAGGAACACGAAAGCGUAUGGUGGGUGACUACGAAUGGGUCAAGCUAGGAGACCCGUUGGAAGCGCACACAAUUCUGAAAGACCUAACCCAGAAUUUUGGAAGCUUGCUAUCAGAGGUUGCAGAUGAGAUUGACUAUGCUCUCAGCACCGAACUCCCCGAAUGCAAAGACUGGACUCCCGUUACCAUCCAGCCAAGAAUAUUGCGCAUCGUCUCCCUCAUGACCGGACGGAUAUUCGUGGGCACGGAGCUGAACCGCAACGAAGAAUGGCUACACAUCUCCAGCAACUUCAUGAUGGAUAUCUAUAUUGCAGGCAAUGCCCUGUAUAAGUACAGCCACUUCAUGCGUCCAUUUGCUGCCAGGUUUCUGGUGCCAGAGAUUCGCAAGGUGUGGAGGCAUCAAGCCACAGCGAAGCGCCUGCUCGUUCCGAUUAUGGAGCAGCGUCAAAGGGAUGCAGCAUCAAACCCCCACUUUAAGAAACCAAAUGACAUGAUUCAGUGGCUUAUGGAUAACAACGCGAAAGAGAAGCACCCUCGCAGUUUUGCGGAGCUGGCAAAAUUGCAUUUACUUGUCUGUUUCUCGGCAUUGCAUACGUCUACUCUCGCUAUGACGCACUUUCUAUAUGAUCUCGCCGCACGACCACAGUAUGUUGAGCCUCUAAGGAAAGAGCAAUAUGCCAUACAUAAGACCUCUAACGGUAUCCCAUCUAAACUCGACUAUAACAAGAUGAUCAAGAUGGAUAGCUUUAUGAAGGAGUCACAGCGGCUGAACCCCCCAAGUUUGAUGACAUACAGUCGGCUAGUAUUGAAGGAGUUCACACUCAGCAAUGGAGUAAAGUUCACUCCUGGAACUUACAUCCUCGCCCCUGCAGCUCUUGUAUCCUUGGAUGAUGACAUCUGGGAGUCGGCCAACGAGUUUCGUGGCUUCCGUUUCGCUGAUUUGCGAUCCAGAAGCAAGGAUGAUAUGCACAAAUUCCAAUUCGCAACAAUUACUCCAAAGGCCUUGCACUUUGGUCACGGUCGCCAAGGUUGUCCAGGCAGAUUCUUCGCCAGUUAUGAGCUGAAGGCUAUUUUCUCUCAUAUCAUUGAGACUUUUGAUGUUAAAUUACUCGAUGAAAAAGCCGGAAGGCCGGCAAACAAAAUCUUUGGUGCAGCUAUAACUCCAGACGAGUCCGCGCAACUGUUGCUCCGUAGGAGAACGGCUGUGAGGGAAUGA